UUCAUGGCAAUAUGAGUUGAUAUAAAAAGUCGAUAUAGUUAUGAAUUGAACAUCAGUUAGCCUGUAUUCAACGCUUUAAGUAAACUACCAUCCCUCCCAAAGACAAGUAAAUAUGGCCAAACUCAUGCAAAUCCUUUUCGUCACCUGCUUGGCUUUUGCCUUGUGUUCGGCUGAAGCACCUCGCUCCCGCUCAUCCCGUCUCCAGUUGGUCAGACGCAAUCGUUUCUUUGCCCGCCAAGAAGUAGCUGCGGAGGAUGCCGCUGUAACCCCUUAUCCUUUGGCCGAUGAACUCAAACCUGAAGUUCCAUUCGAUGAAGCCGUAGCCUCCGAUCCCAUUGUGCCCAACCAACCUGAUGAAGUCUAUGGUCCUCCAGAGCAAGACAAUGUUGUCCUCGUCGAUGAGGAAGUUGCAGCCACAGAAGAAGAAGCCGCCAUAGCUGCUGAAGAGGAAGCCAUUGCUCAAGAAGAAGCCAUUGCUACCGCCCGUUUGAUUGCCCGUCGUGGUGGCGUUCGCCCCGCCAAACUACGCAAAGCAGCCCCCGCUCGUCUACAACUCCAACGUCAAUUUGCUGCCCAACCUGUCUUUUACUAUGUGGCCCACUAAGAUGACGAAGAGAAUCGAUGUAAGGAUUUUGAUAGUAACUUUUGUUGUAGGCAAUUUUUAGUAUUGGUACUUCAAAUGAUAUUCCGGUAUUGUAAAUAAAUGCA